AUGUAUGUUUCUUAUCCCCCUCCAAACCUGCACCACCACUCAGGACUUGAGAAACAUCAGGAUCGGCUUUCUCCUGUGCCAGUCAGCCAAAGAACCGACUUCGAUUGCAGCAGCUACGUGAAGAAGACGUCCCCCGAUGGAUCAAGAUCGGUGUUCGCCAAUAAACGUUACUCAUUUGCGCCAGAAAACGUAAGCCGCGUUUCUAAAGACGCUCAAGGAAAAGAUACUCCGAUUUCAGAAGCUGGCUCUCGCAAACUCUUCGAAGCGUUUGCUGCUUUGGAAACUAGCGUCAGCUUGCCUACGAAUAUUUCGCCUCAUCCGAAACGACAGUAUGAGAGGAAGCAGUGCGAUGUCGGUUCGCAUUUCACUGGUGAACGUCCGUCCACCGCGGUCGACGCUCAUUCAUCACAACAGAUCACAGGCGACACGGUAACGCCAAAGGAAGCAGAUGGCAGUGAGGCGCGUGAUUUUUUGGAGGCAAAGAAAUGUCUCACUAAAAAGCUGUCCAGUUUAAUGGAAGCUAACGCUGCGGGGGACGCUGUUGGUGCUUUCAAAAGCGUGAAGGGCUCCUCAAGUGACGGAAGGUACGCGAACGCAUCGAAAGCAGUCGACCUAAAGGCGUCCAACAUAAACAAGAAUAUUGACAGCGCGUUCGUUCAUCCGGUGCGAUUUCCCGACCGCCAAAGCCUCCUUAUGCAUCAACGCACUUCCGCCCAUUACGGUGAGAAGGCUGGUCGACGAAACCCGGUUUCGGGAGCAAGAAACUCAAACGACGGUUUGCAGUACAAUUCAUCUGACACGGCCGCUAUGUUCUACAGAAGACAGUCACCGGAUAAAACUGAAAUGCCUCUGUUGCACAUGUUGCCAUCGAUCGAUAAAGAGGUACAGCAGCUACUUAAUCUGGGCGAAGAGCUGGCCAGCUGUCAGCAAGUGAACGGCGAAUGGAGGAAGCCGGCUAUCACCGAACGGAAAAGAACAACGACACACGACAGUUGUCAAACAUUUUCCUCACCUCGCGCGGAUGGUCACUGUCCGCACGCUAUCACGCAAAACAACGACCAAGCCUCUGUCAAAUACGAGGUGAGGAGCAAUGUUUCGAGGCAGCUAAGAAAUGAAGCGGUCGAUGAGAAAUGCGCGAUCAGCAGAGGCGAUUCGAAUCACGCCGUCCGAUCGGCUCUGCGAGGAAAGGCGUUGGAGGAGGCGUCGAAAAAGAUCGACGAACUGCUGAACAUGGCUAAGCUGAAGCAGGGCGGCAGUUCUUAUGCAGUGGGAGUUGUCGACAAGGUGGCUGAGGUCGAACGAAAGUUCGGCACGUGGAACAGCGUUCGAACUCGACAGCCACAGCCAGUGCAGGACGAAAGCGCGACCCAGCUGAGCAGCGUGACACUGUCCAAGGACCUGAAGCUAAACGGUGUGCUGUUCCGACGGCCGUCCAAGCAACGCUCUGACGAGUACAUGCGCCGCAGCUUCUACCAACCACCGAAGGACUUAGCUUCGGUGUUGUCCAUUAGGCGUUCUGGCUCUAGCCAAGAAAACGUCACCGAUUCGCUGGCUGACAAACAGCCGAUCACCAAACGCAGGUCUUACAUUAAGGAGAAGAUGGACUACACGAAGAAGUGGCUCGAAAACGAGUUCGAUCUGAAGUCGUUCAAGUCGUCCGCCGCUACAACCACCAAGCCGGAUCUGCUACAAUUUGAAAACGACUUAGUUUAUGAUUCGGAUGAACGAUCGCUGGGCAGUGCGUCAGCGGAAGUUGCCGCCAUCACCAAGCGAAAACAUUUCGUUGCUUCUUUACCGAUCCCUGACAUCGUGCCUUAUUCGUAUAAAAUUAGUGCUAAAACCGGAACCGGUAACAGCAAGUAUGACGAGUUUGUCGAGCGAGAAAAGACGCAAACUGAAAACAUGACGGUUGAUGCAGUUUACCAAAAAUGCCAACCUUCUCCUCUAUGGUCAACGAACAAAAAAACUGUUGGCAAAGUCGUCAGCCCCGGCAAGUUGCAACUGCAACCACCGUUGUUUAUAUCUCCUUCGAUGGACAGAACUUACACGCUUCCGAUUAGGGAUCUCGGAGUCGUGAAACGUAGGGUGGAAGCGUUCGAUCGGAUGAGCAGUGACGACUCCGUCUCAGGGAUGUCAAGCAGCGACAAUGUCGCAUACAGUAGCAAGGUGCGGAACGCCAGAAACAGACUUUCGCUGUCAACCUCUAUGCUAAGUUUUAUCAGAAAGUUUGAGGAGCGAAGCGGCACGUUUCCGAUGCAAUCGAAGUGGCGAAACGACAGACACACCUCAGAGAUUAACUCGCACCGAGGCGACGAAACUUCAUUGCGGCGGCGAUCAACCGAGAGUCUUCCGAUCAUGACCAAAGCCGCUCGUUCCUGUAAGUCAUCCAGUUCCAGUCAGCAAACUCUUGAGCACCUGCCAUUAAACAGUGACAACGACGGCUUCGUUCUGGCCGCACCAUGGGCGAAGGAUUUUUCUACCGAAUCAACUGACUUGCGACUGGCCGGUAGUAACUCAUCCAACGUCAGUGUGAACAAGAGUAGAACGACGAGCGGCGUUUCGGUUGCCCCCACUUUGCUGGACGUCGACAAUUUGGUCGCCGAACUGCAGCUGAACACCGAACAAGUCGAUGAUCUGCAGGAUCAGCAGUUUCCUCUCGAACCGUUGUCGACAGUUGAACAGGACAGGAACGGCGGUCGUUUAAAUAGCUCUCAGCGUCGUCGCGUGUACCGAGUCGUCAAAACCGACAGCAAGGACAAAUAUGACAACAGAACGUCGGACAGCGAUUUUGACGCUACCAGACAGUCGGUCAGAAGUGAUGCCAAUGGUCCGGCUAAAAUUGCUGCAUCUGCUUACAGCCGUUUCUCGGUCAUCCAAGGAAACGACGUUAAACAAGCUACGCCAGCUUCGGCUUCAUCCAAAUUCAUAGCGCAUAGCGAACAACAGAGUUCGCAUUGUAAAGGUACACAAGGCUGCUGUGUCGCCAGAAGCGAAGCGAUCAGCUCCAACCGCAUCGUCCCCCGCGAGACUUCGUCGCAGCUGCUGUCGGCGCGAAUGCUGAUCAAUGUUCCGUGUAGCAAAGAGCACCAAGCAAAAUCUGCGCAAAGACCAUACUUGGAAACGGUCGCUUUGCAACCGACUGUUGAAAAGCACAUCCUCGCCGACCCUCGCAAAUCGGAAGGGGGUGCUAUCGCUGCCUCUACCAGGGCGACCACGAAUCGCUCGUGUUCGGAAAAGGACGAAAACCCGAUCGUGGAGAAAAGCUCAAUUCGCAACAUAUUCCAGAGACUAAUUGGAAGCAGUCGAUACCAAUAUCCGACGAAAAGCAUACGCGACGUUUCUGACAUCAACUCCAAUCCGGUGAUGAAAGUGUUUCGCAACCCUGACGCGCUCGUCGACAGUCAUAGUGACAAUAAGAAACAACCAAAUAAACCGUUUAGCACUGUCGACAUGGGUCCAGUUGAAACCGGAUUUACGAAAUUGGAGAAACUGUCUACAAACAUGAAGAAGCCUAAACCUGAAAAGUUUCAAGAAGGUAAAAUUUGCGUAUGCUUUGUGUUCAAUAUGUCGCAUUGA